GGGUUUGGUUUGGUUUAAUGUAUUGCCAUCCUCACCAAAAAGUUGGAAAACAAAAAAAGAAAAGCAAAACUCAUGAGAUACUCUCUGAUCAAACUCUUUGAUCUUUCUUCGUGUGCGGUAUGGCUUUUCCCCCACUAAGCAACAGCUACACAUAAUCUUCUUCUUCUUCCAGAAUCUGUAUUCAGGUCAAACUUGAGGGUUUGUGAUGCACUUUAAUUGCUUUGGACUUCUUGAUAUGUGCAAAGGAAAUGAUCAUCUUGGACAAAAAGAAGCUGAAGAGAUUUGCACCAACAAUGUGAGAGUCUUUUCGUAUAACUCAUUAAGAUCAGCCACAGAUAAUUUCCAUCCAACCAAUAGAAUCGGUGGUGGUGGCUUUGGUGUUGUCUUCAGGGGAGUAUUGAGAGAUGGCACACAAGUAGCUGUGAAAUCACUUUCAGCGGAAUCAAAACAAGGCACACGCGAGUUCUUGACCGAGAUCAACUUGAUUUCCAACAUUCAUCAUCCUAACCUUGUUAACCUCAUUGGCUGCUGCGUCGAAGGACACAAUAGGAUUCUUGUCUAUGAGUACCUUGAGAACAAUAGUCUUUCUAGUGUUUUGCUUGGUUCGAGGAGUAAGUAUGUUCCUCUUGAUUGGUCCAAACGUGCUGCUAUUUGCGUUGGGACAGCUUCAGGUUUAGCUUUCCUUCAUGAGGAAGUGGAGCCUCCGGUUGUUCACCGCGACAUCAAGGCGAGUAAUGUCUUACUAGACAGAAACUUUUCUCCCAAGAUUGGAGAUUUUGGUCUUGCAAAGCUUUUUCCUGACAAUGUCACUCAUGUCAGUACCAGAGUCGCUGGAACAGUGGGAUACUUGGCUCCUGAAUACGCACUUCUAGGCCAGUUAACAAAAAAGGCAGACGUUUACAGCUUUGGGAUACUUGUGCUUGAAGUCAUUAGUGGUGGUAGUAGCAGCAGAGCCGCCUUUACAGACGAGUUCUUGGUUCUGGUCGAAUGGGUAUGGAAGUUGAGAGAAGAAGGGAGGCUACUAGAGUGCGUGGAUCCAGACCUAACCAAGUUUCCACAAGACGAAGUAAUACGGUUCAUCAAAGUAGCUCUUUUCUGCACUCAAGCUGCGGCACAGAAGAGACCAAACAUGAAGCAAGUGGUGGAGAUGCUUAGCAGGAAAGAGAUUAACCUCAACGAGGCAGCCUUAACGGAACCUGGUGUCUAUAGAGGUGUCAACAAGGGGCGCAACCACCCUGGCCUUGGUCUUAGAGGUGGCACCUCACAGGAGAGCUCAUCAACACAAGGUUACAAAGGGAAAAGUUCAGCGGCUCCUCAAGGUUCAUCUUCGGCUUCAGUUAUUACAUUUCAGAGCAUUACAGAGAUGGCUCCUAGAUGAUGAUGAUUCUUUCUGUUGGUAGAGCAGAUAUAUUUCUAUUCUUGAGUAAAUUGUUUAGCUUCUGAUGUAUUAGUAUAGUAUCUUCAUAUACAUGCCAUGAGAAAAUAUAUUAUUAAUUAAAUAAAUUAAUGAUGAUUUUGUUG